AUGGUCGAUCUACAGGACCAGAAGGCCUUUUUGCCUCGAGAAUGCUCCCUGAAUCAGCAUUCGCCGUCACCUCCCCAACGUUCUGUUUACUCUCAUGCACUCAAGGCUUUCGACGGCCUUUUCCAUGUUGGCGAUGUCAACCCGAAUUACAUCGUCAAGUCACUCCAUGCCAUCGGAAGGGCAGUUUGCAGCGCAUUGGAGGGGAUGACUGGGAUAUGCGCGAACAAGCUCUCAGUUCGUCCGACAGAAACCGACAACUCUGCCGAUAACUCGAUCGUCGUCAGUACUUGCCUUACAAAAAAUAUGGACGCGGCCUUGCAUCCGACCGACGUCGUUGUUCCUUUGCGGGUGUCUCGCAGACAGGCCGGCGAGAACGAGACAAUGGAUGAGCAAAUGCGGGAUAUCUUUCGCAUAGUUAACGAGGACCCUCGUCGAACGUUUGCGUAUGGAAUUACUGUCGAAGACGCUCAGAUGUCGCUAUGGUACCUGUCUCGGUCGUGUUGCAUAAAGUCAACACCAUUCAACAUGACAGAACACCCGGACAUCCUCGUUCAAAUCUUCACAUGUUUGUUCACGGCAACAGAUCAGCAACUGGGAUAUGAUCCACUUGUUACACUUCUCCCCGACUCAAGCUACGUUUACGAGUUGCCGUCGGGUGGAAGCAGGCUUAACCCUCUCUACUAUCGGACUGUCGAGCUUGUUUCGCAGUUCCAUUCGCCCGAUGUUACUGGCCGGAGCAGUCGCAUCUGGAGGGUCAUCCAGGUCACCUCUCCCAGCAAUCCAACACGCAUUCCCGGGACUUCCGAACGUAUCCUCAAAGACACUUCUUUGGAUGUCGAUGUGCCAACGGAAGCAGAGAUACAAGAGCAGUUGUUCCACGAUAUCGCUGCUUUCGGGAGGACGGAGAAUUGGCGAUCGCAGGGUAUUUUGAAGGACAUGCGAAAGGCCGAUAUCGACGAGCUGGCAGAGGCCUUUGAAGGCGAAAACUUCAAAAGGUUUUUCUCCUGCAUCAUAGCCAGACAUCUCGGCGACCCUUCUGCUGGAUCUCAGAACUUGAACACGGGUUCCGCCAACCCGUCAGGAAAGCGCCGGUGCUUUUUCGUCUACGAGCUGGUCUGCACGGUGCUCCAUGAUAUUCCUACCCUCGGUGAAGUCGUCGAUAUUCUCAAGCAAUGUGUCACAGCGUUACGCCUUAUGUUCUGCGCGGGCUGGGUUCACCGAGAUGUCAGUUCUGGUAAUAUUCUCGCGUUCCCGUCUACGCCACAGGGCCCGUGGCAGGUGAAGCUAUCCGAUCUCGAAUUCGCCAGGAAAUAUCCAAGUCCAAUGUCCUCCGCUGACGAGCCUCGCGUCGGUACACCUUAUUUCAUGGCAUGCGAAUUGCAGACGCGCGUUCCCUUUCUCCCAGAAACUGGGCACAGAGGAAGGGAUCGUGUCCGCGGCCCCAGCAAACCAGUCAUUCAUAACUACCAACAUGACCUGGAAUCGGUUUGGUGGAUCUUCCUUUGGUUAGUCACCAUGAGAAUAGGUCCAGAGCCCGCUCGUGACUUCGGCGAGCUCUUCUUUCAGCAAAAAGAGAAUCCCUCAUAUGCAGGGAUGCGCGCCUACCUUUUUGCGCUGCCAGAUGCGCUAUAUAGCUACGAACGAUUCCCCCGAACCCUUCCGUCAUCCCUCUAUCGUCCAUCGGCCUUCCUCGACCAGCUGAACACUCUGAAGAUUGAUCUAUACUGGGCUUACCAAUCGCUCAAUGGAUCUGGGAGUCAGGGAGACAGGGGGAGCUAUUCUUGGAUCAUCGGGGAAGGAUUCUCGGCUUUCUUUGAGGAUAUCGAGAAGACUCGUGGGGACUGGAACAGCAUCCAGAUGAUCGUACGGAGGCCUCUUCAGCACGUCCAUCUCCACGACCCAUCCGGCCUCUCAUCGUCCAGGAAGCGCAACCCCCCUAUCAAGUCGUCAACCUGCAAUAGGGGGACCCGACGGCUCAGAAACAUCACCCCCUCCAAAGAAACUUCGGCGAGCACCAGCCCGACGUACUCAGCCGCCCCUGCGCGAUAG